ACGACAACACAACUGUGCGUGUACCAAGUGGAAGGAAAAUGAAACGUUCAGUGGGCUGGUCACUGUUUUCCCUUUGUCUGCUGCUGAGUCAAAUGCAGGCGCAAGACGUGGAGCCCGAGUUUCCCGAGGACUUUACGACUACCACAACAAUGAGAACCACAACACUCGCAGAGGGUGCAGAAGUAACUACAUUGGAACCGAUUGCCACUGAGCCAACAACCAUUGGAAGUACCACAACAACAACAACAACAACAACACAAGUAGAGACUUCAACGCCUGAGAAUAGUUCGAAACCGACUACGCCCCUGCCGAACACAACAGACACGCCUCCCCAAUAUCUGCCCCCCCUGACAACCCCGUCGCCACCCGACUAUGGCAGCACGGAGCCAGGGCUCUGGGAUGGACAGACGCAGGAGCACUGCUAUCUAAAGGAGCAUUACGAACGGCGUUACUGGAGAUUCAGCUGUGGCGUGGCCGGCUGGCACCCAGCGAUAAGCUGUUAUCGCUGUUGCUAUUACAGCUCCAGCAGCUUUGCCGGCUGUCAAAAACUUCAUAAUGGACAUUGUGGCUACUACUACUGAGAGGGGGCAGCCGUAAUUCCCAAUCCCCAACUGCAGAGCGCUUGCGCAUUGCGGGUUUUAAAUAUUUAUGUCAAUCAAGUAGAGUAAGAUUAUAUGUAAGCUUGUAUAAAUGUUUGAGUUCUUGGGCCAUGUAGUAAAGACAUCCUCCAUCAGUCCAAA